AACCCUACUGGGACUUCGGAGAAGACGGAAAAAGAAGAAACAGCUUGCAAGCAUGGAGGAAGAAGAAAGCGAGAAGAGAACAGUGAGAAUAUUCGUCGGAGGAAUAGGCGAAGCGGUAACCUCCGAUGACAUUCGAAGACUGUUCGAAUCAUUAGGUAGCGUUCAAUCACUCGAAACCAUUCGUACCAAAGGUCGCAGUCUCGCUUACCUUGAUUUCCUUGCUGAUUCUAAAUCCCUUUCCAAGCUUUUCAGUAAGUAUAAUGGGUGUGUUUGGAAAGGUGGAAAGCUGAAACUUGAAAAGGCUAAAGAGCAUUACCUUGAUCGUUUGAAAAAAGAAUGGGAAGAAGAUGCAAUUCUUAGUAUCGAACCACCAGCUUCUGAUGUUUCUACUCAUAAGGAGGAUUUGGUAAAGGAAAAGCCUAAUGCAAGGCGCAUUGUAGAUCCAGAUGCAAAGCCUCUCAAUAUUUACUUCCCAAGAUUAAGAACGGUUAAAUCCAUACCAUUCAGUGGAACUGGCAAGCACAAAUACAGUUUCCAGAAUAUUAAAGUUGGUCCUCUCCCUGUACAUUUCUGUGAUUGUGAGGAACAUUGCAGUCCUUUUAUCACAAAAAAGGAAAAGUUAUCUAUGAAUGGGGAAACUGAAAGGGAAAAGUCAGAAAUUGGUGGAAUAAAUGAUGAAGAAAUUAACAUAAUGAAUGCUGUGAUGAACAAGCUUCUUGAAAAAGAAAAGGUUUCUAACACCAAGCAUCUUGGAAAGAAGCACGAUUCUUUUGAAUCUCUCAGUGUUAUUCAUUCUAAUGAAUGUGAAGUAGAUAGUGCAACAGAUGAUGGUGAUGAUGAUGAUGAUGAUCUCAUAACCAACAUUGCAACAAAGAAAAAUAAAGCAGCUUUGACAGGGACCGAAGAACUUGAAAGGAUCAUGGAAAGUCAGGAAUGGUCCAAUAAAACAAAUAUUGCAGAGGAAGAACCCGUUGAAGCGCAAAAAAGGAGCAAGAGCAAUUCCAACAAGGUUAAGAAGAGAAAAUCACUUUCCAAAUCAGAAAGUGAAAGCAAUGGGGUUGCGUCUAGUACCCCUGUAGGCAAGAGUAAAAUGCAGACCCUUCUAGAUGAGGUGGGAUCUGGUGCAAAGCCUACUGAACCAGAAUAUGAUUUUGGGGAGUCUGCCAAAGUUUCAUGGUCUCAGAAGUCUUCGUGGAGAGAACUUGUUGGUAAAGGAGGCAAUGCUUCAUUCAGUGCCUCUCUAAUAUCGCCGAAGUUUGAUUCUGCUGAUGAUCAGCAAAACUCUGAUGGUUCUUACACUUCCUCGUCUACAAACGAUGAAACUGAAGACAUGGAAAGCGAUGAAUACCCAGAGAGCGAACCUACCAAUACAAAAGUGAUAGAAGAGCCUUCCAAAUCUCAACCUACCGAUACACAAGUGAUCGAAGAACAUGGUGAAGCUCAAGCUACCAAUACAAGAGUUAUAGAAGAGCCUGCUGAAUCUCUGCCUACCAAUGCACAAGUGAUAGAAGAACCUGCUGAAGCUCAACCUACCAAUAAACAAGUGAUAACUGAACCUGCUGAAACUCAGCAUAACAUAGCACCAAAAAUAACCGGCACAGGUGUUUCGUGGUGGCAAAAGAAAUCAUGGACACAGUUGGCUAAUGAGAAUAACAGUCCAUUCAGCCUUUCACAACUUUUGCCUGACAUUAGUUUCCCAGAACAAACGGCCAAAGAACCCAUUUUGUACCCUGCCGGUUCCAGUGAGUGCAAGCAUAAUGGUGCUGAUAAGAAUACUGUUGAUGGAACUGUCACUGAUGGCUUCAACUUAGGGGAGAUUGUACCAGGGAAUAGUGAGCAUGCUGGUACCGAUGAUAUAGUUUCUGCUCCAGUAGUUGAGAAAAUCGUUGAAACAAGUCCAAGGGAACGAUCUGCAAAUGUUGAAAUAGGAGAAACUUGCUCAUUUAUGAGAAGUGCCGAUUCUUUGAAAGAGUGGAAAAAAGCUAAAGCCGCCGUUAGUGGAUCGCUCAAAAGAAAACGCAGUGAGAAGAAGUAAGGGCAAAAAUUUCCAUACAGCAGAAACAGGACCAUUGAGCUACAUAUGAUCUUUUACAUGGUUUUUACUUCAACAGGCAUAAGUUGGUCUUUACUGUUAUACACUAGGUGUAAUGUUAUGAGGUGGUUAAUAGAACUCUACAUCACCAAUUAAUUUUAUGUGAUAGCCAUGUGGUUUUCAUCAAAUUCUAUGUUUUCCUCAUUUAAUUUUUUAAACAAUUAUCAUUGUAGUACAUGUCCGUUCCUGGGCAAAUUUUGGUAAUCCAGAUUCCUUAAUGAAGCCUUUUGUGGUCAACAAUAGAAUUAACCCCAUUUUUUGGGGUUAGUUCCAAUUUUUGGGACUCAA